AUGUCACAUUUAGGGCUGAAGCUGCGCAUAACUGGCAACGUGAAGAAAAACGAGAAGGUACUGAUCUGGCCCUCCGCUGAGGGUCAGACCCUCAUCUCUGUCAAGCUAGUCGGUUUUGGCUCCCAUCUUAACGAGUAUUCGUUGACCGAGGUUGAUGUCCUCGAGGAUCUUCUCAACUUCAGCAUUGAGUGCCCUGUCAGUGGUUUGAUCUAA